UAAAACCCAAAAGAAGAAGAAUUAUUUGUGGAGACGGUGCUUUUAUUCUGAAGGAAUCGGAUCGGAAGUCUUAAUGUUGAUGCUGUAGCUCUGUUCUCAACAAGGCGAGUGUCUUCAAAGAUCCUCUAUCCGUCUCUGGUAUCAUUAGCAUUAGUCAGUGGCAUAUUGCGUUUAGUUGAAAAGUCUUUAUCAGCUAAAAGACAUGAAGAAGAGAUUUAACAUCAACCUGGACGACUCUGCUUUCGCCAAAGAAAGGACACUGCCAAAGCCGCAGUUUCAACCUUCAUCAAAAGGAGGACAAAACACCACAGCCUCGACUUCAUCUUUAGCAAAGCCUGCUUCUGAGCCACUGAGCCAGCCCUUUUCCUAUGCAGAAUAUAUCGUCCAGAGUAAAAGCAAUGUGGCUGCUCCUACUCAGAGAGAGGGUCCCUCCAAACCGCUCAGGACUGAAGGUGCUGGAGUUACCAAUCUGAGGCAAAUUGAGUCAGAUUCCGUGUCGUCUGCCUCAGGAGAACGUGAAACAGUUCAGAACUGUGCUAAAGAGACUGAAAGUGGUUCUGAAGGGGUUAAGGAGAGCGAGGAGGCACAGGUGGCUGACACAGACCAAAAAGAGGGGAGCUGUCAAAGGUCCUAUCCAAGCCUGGGUCCCAAACCACUGGGGUCUGGAAGCAGCAUUAUUGUCAGUCCUCGACAGAGGGGGAAUCCCAUCCUGAAGUUUGUAAGGACUGUCCCUUGGGAGUUUGGAGAUGUUGUACCAGACUAUGUCUUGGGCCAGACAACUUGUGCUCUCUUCCUCAGUCUGAGGUAUCACAAUCUCAAUCCAAACUAUAUCCACGACCGUCUCAAGCAUCUUGGACAGACUUUUACCCUGCGAGUGUUACUGGUACAAGUAGAUGUGAAAGAUCCUCAUCAUACUUUGAAGGAACUGGCUCGCAUCUGCAUUAUGGCUGACUGCACCCUCAUCUUGGCUUGGAGUCCAGAGGAAGCAGGGCGUUACCUGGAAACGUAUAAGUCAUAUGAAAAGAAACCAGCAGACAUACUGAAGGAGCAAGUUGAAAAAAACUAUCUGUCAAAGGUUACUGAUUGCCUGACCACUGUGAAGUCUAUAAACAAGACUGAUGCCAUUACCCUGCUGUCCACUUUCUCAUCUAUAGAAGGAAUCAUCAGUGCCUCUAAGGAAGACUUGGUUCUCUGUCCAGGCCUUGGACCACAAAAAGCACGGCGACUCUAUGAUGUGCUGCAUAAGCCCUUCCUCAAGUCGAAGACAAAAGACAGCUGAAACCUCUGACCAGGAAUGUGUGACAUGCUCCACACACACACUGAAGGAGGACUGAAUGAUAUGCUAUAAACAUUCUUCAUUUACUGAGGUGAAUAAAGAAAUGUGACUACUGUGAGACUGAGAAUCAGCUAAGGUGUGUUUUAAGACUUUAAGAUUUGAACUCUCUUAAAACUACACACUGAUUCUAUGCUUUAUUGAGUUAUGGUUUGAUAUAAUUUGUUCAUUGUUGAAUUAAUUUUUCAUAAAAAUAAAUAUUUUAAUGUGU